UUGAUACAUUAUCAACAGUCGCAACAAAACACCCAUCUCUAUCUCCUAUCUCCGUCAUUCUGCGUAAUUGUAAUUCCUUCGAAUAAUUCUUGAUAAAAAAAAUAAAUUUAAAAUUGUAUGAAGCAAUAAGCAAAACAAGUGGAAAACUGCACGAACUGAAGGCGGUUGAACCAAAAUCGAACGAGAGCAGCAAAAAAAGCCAAAUCAGAAAACAGUAUGAAAAUGGUGUUGUCGCAGCGGCAGCGCGAGGAGCUUAACCAAGCGAUUGCCGACUAUCUGGGCUCAAAUGGGUACGCAGACUCUCUGGAGGCAUUCCGGAAGGAAGCCGAUCUCAGCACAGAGGCAGAAAAGAAGUUUGGCGGCCUGCUCGAAAAGAAGUGGACGUCCGUCAUCCGGCUGCAGAAGAAAGUGAUGGAACUAGAGGCUAAGCUAACCGAAGCUGAAAAGGAGGUCAUCGAGGGUGCACCCACAAAGAACAAACGCACGCCCGGCGAGUGGAUACCUCGGCCACCAGAGAAAUACUCCAUGUCCGGCCAUCGGGCCAGCAUAACGAGGGUUAUUUUUCAUCCCAUUUUUGGACUUGUGGUGUCUGCAUCAGAGGAUGCCACCAUUAAGAUUUGGGACUUUGAAACUGGCGAGUACGAGCGCAGUCUGAAGGGACACACAGACUCGGUGCAGGAUGUGGCAUUUGAUGCCCAAGGAAAGCUCUUGGCUUCCUGCAGCGCCGACUUGUCUAUUAAGUUGUGGGAUUUCCAGCAGACCUACGAGUGCGUUAAAACCAUGCAUGGUCAUGAUCACAAUGUAUCCUCGGUGGCAUUCGUGCCUGCCGGUGAUUAUGUUCUGUCCGCUUCGCGAGACCGCACCGUCAAAAUGUGGGAGGUUGCCACAGGUUACUGCGUGAAAACCUACACCGGACACAGGGAAUGGGUGCGAAUGGUGCGAGUGCACAUUGAAGGCAGCAUCUUUGCCACAUGCUCAAAUGAUCACACAAUCCGUGUUUGGCUGACGAAUUCAAGAGACUGCAAGGUUGAAUUACGCGAUCAUGAGCACACUGUUGAGUGCAUUGCAUGGGCGCCAGAAGCUGCAGCCUCGGCGAUAAACGAGGCAGCCGGAGCGGACAACAAGAAGGGCCACCAUCAGGGUCCCUUCCUCGCCUCUGGCUCUCGCGACAAGACCAUUCGCAUUUGGGACGUGAGCGUCGGACUUUGCUUAUUCACGUUGAAUGGCCAUGACAACUGGGUGCGUGGCCUGGCAUUCCAUCCGGCUGGAAAGUACCUAGUCUCGGCUAGCGACGAUAAGACCAUUCGGGUCUGGGAUUUGCGCAACAAACGAUGCAUGAAGACGCUCUAUGCGCAUCAGCAUUUCUGCACCUCCAUAGAUUUUCACAAAGCGCAUCCGUACGUCAUUAGCGGUAGCGUAGAUCAAACAGUUAAGGUCUGGGAGUGUCGUUAAAGAGCUGGCAAGGAACAGUUGGCAAGGGUUCUGCUUACUUCUCAAUUUAAACAUAAAGAAAGCUAAUAUAUUAAAUCACACACCAACCAACCAACACACACACACACCACGCCCACGUAUGCGAGCAGUCUCAGCCACCAUAGCGGCAGUUUAUUUUCCAGGCGCUUUCUGUGUCAGCGUCCGCAUGCAAAAUGAACAUAAUUGUAUUUUAAAAGUGAAUGAAACUACUGGCGAAAAAAACGAAUUAUUUAUUUAAUUGUACGACUUUCUAAAUAACUAACUACCUACCAACCUACCUAUUAUAUACAAAGUACAUAUACAUUAAUGCCUAAAUAUAUGCCUAUCUAAAGUAAA